AUGCUCGGAUCCAAGGUUCUUGCCGCUGCCUUGCAGGUCUUGGCGAUCACGGCUGGACCGGUCCUCGUAGCACGCCAGAGGGACGUCAUCACCGGCGCCAUCGGCAUGGUCCAGGGCUCACUACAAAAGCUUGACACGGCCAUCAAACAGCUGUCGGCGACCGACCCAAACACCGCCGUCGGCGUCCUCAACGCGGCGCAAGGCGCGCAGACAACCCUCGAGAAAGCGGCCACCCAGAUCUCUGGCGCCGACGACCUGAGCUUGAUCGGCGCCCUCGGUCUCCAGCAGACAGCCGGCGACCUCGUUACACAAGUCCAAACCACCCUCGGCGACCUUGAGCAGAAGAAGCCCGUGUUCGACCAACUCGGCGUCUCCUCCGUGGUCGCUGACUCCCUCCAGCAGCAGAAGGAGGGCAGCGGCCAGCUCAGCGAGAUGCUCCUGAGCAAGAUCCCAGCGAUUGCCCGCCCCAUAGCACAGAAGAGCACCGGUCAGCUCGAUACUGCUAUUGAUAGUGCUAUCGCGACGUUUAGGUCGCCCGCAGCAGCCAAGGCUGUCCCUCCAGCAGUUCCCGCCGCUCCAGCGGCUCCUGCAGCUCCCAUCGUGGCCCCUGCCGUCUCCAAGCGGGCAGCUUCCCCAGCAGCGCCAGCUGGCGCCGCCGCCGCAGUCGGCGCAGCAGCAGUGUGA